AUGCCUUUUAGAUUUCCAGUUAAGUUUGAAAUACCCAAACAUACUCAUAUCAAUGCACGAGUUCUCAGAGACCAAUUCAAAAGACUACAAUUUGCUGAACAUGAAGUCACAAGAAACGCUUUGAAGUAUAUUGCAAGGAACGAAGAGUUACCUUCUAGGGCUAGAGUCGAAGCACAAUUGCAGUUGGCCAGUAUGCCUAAAUACACGUCAUAUGUACAAAUCAGAGAUAGAUGUGUUGCUACAGGAAAUUCCAAAUCAUUAAUUCGUGAUUUCAAGUUGAAUAGAACUGCUUUCAGAGACAGGGCUAGAGCUGGACAGAUACCAGGUGUCAAAGUUGCUUCCUGGUAG